CCCCCCCCCCCCGCACUCCACACAAGCCAGAGCACGCGCACGCAACCGGCCGACGGCGCCAAACAAAACGGCACGGGACGGUCAGCGAGGGACGCGAGGCAGCAGCAGUAGCAGCAGAGGGGACGGAUGGUGUUCAGCGGCGCGUGGCUGGCGGCGGCGGCGCGGGUGCCGGCGGAGCUGUGCCAGGGGCCGCCGCGGCCGGGGCAGCGGCGGCGGCUGCGGGCCGACGAGGUGCUGCGCGCGCUGCUCACGCCGCCCGCGCGGGAGCUGGAGCGCCUGGCCGAGUGCCUCUACGUCUUCUUCUGCCUGCCGCUGCCGGAGCCGGACCAGUACUACGUGCCGGCGUCCGGGCGCGGCGGCUGGAUGGCGCGCCGGCCGCCCGGCGCCGUGCUGUACAGCUACCGGAGGUCCCUCUCGCUCUCCUCCGACGGCGGCUCGUCGUCGUCCACGUGGAUGGGCGGCUCCGACGAGGAGGGGCUGUACUACUCGGACGACUAGGAAAGCAGCCGCGAUGUGCAUGUGUACUGGCGAUCGUCGUGUCGGGCUUGUGUUAGCUAGGCGGUGGUGCCGCUUUGUCCGUUCCAUUCUUUGUAGUAACUGUAUAAACGCUGUACAUAUUAGCUUGGUUGGUUGGCUUCAGCGAGAAAUCAAGACGGUUUUUCA